UUAUUUUAAAAAAAAAUCCAGUUUGGGGUCCCAAACCUUACGGGAGGUGCACCAAAAUUUAAUUAUGAUAUCCAUUGAACCAAUCUCAUUCAUGUUAGCAGUGUCUUUCUUCUAGUCGACGGUCUUGUGUGUGCUGCGAAAAUGGGUGGGAGCAGGUGCAGAGGUUUGGUUGAGUGUGCAUUAAUAUCUGUGUUGGUGAUGGCGAUUGAGGUAGCACAGACAAGCUCGGCCAACAUGUUCAAGCCAUUCAACGUAAGCUACGACCACAGGGCUAUCAUCAUCGACGGCAAGCGCCGCAUGCUCAUCUCUGCCGGAAUCCACUACCCCCGCGCCACUCCUCAGAUGUGGCCUGAUCUGAUUGCAAAGAGCAAGGAAGGUGGAGCAGAUGUGAUCCAAACUUAUGUGUUUUGGAAUGGGCAUGAGCCAGUCAGAGGACAGUAUAACUUCGCAGGGAGAUAUGAUAUUGUCAAGUUCGUGAAGCUGGUGGGAUCCAGUGGACUCUAUCUCCAUCUUCGCGUAGGACCUUAUGUAUGCGCCGAGUGGAAUUUUGGGGGCUUUCCAGUGUGGCUGCGUGAUGUCCCCGGCAUAGAAUUUCGUACAGAAAAUGUACCUUUCAAGGAGGAGAUGCAACGAUUUGUUAAAAAAAUUGUGGAAUUGAUGCGAGAGGAAAUGCUAUUUUCUUGGCAAGGUGGUCCAAUCAUUAUGUUGCAGAUUGAGAAUGAAUAUGGAGAUGUAGAAAGCUCAUAUGGCCAGAGAGGGAAGGAAUAUGUUAAAUGGGCUUCUCAGAUGGCUCUUGAUCUUGGCACUGGGGUUCCGUGGGUCAUGUGCAAGCAACCAGAUGCUCCAGAUAAUAUUAUAAAUGCCUGCAAUGGAUUCUAUUGCGAUGGUUUCAAGCCAAAUUCCUAUAACAAACCGGUACUUUGGACAGAGAACUGGGAUGGAUGGUAUACAACAUGGGGUGGGAGAUUGCCUCAUAGACCUGCUGAAGACCUUGCUUUUGCUGUUGCACGCUUUUUUCAACGUGGAGGAAGCUUUCAAAAUUAUUAUAUGUAUUUUGGUGGAACAAACUUCAACCGGACUUCUGGGGGCCCAUUUGAUAUUACUAGCUAUGAUUAUGAUGCUCCAAUUGAUGAAUAUGGUCUGCUAAGCGAGCCUAAAUGGGGGCAUCUGAAGGAUCUGCAUGCUGCUAUAAAGCUUUGCGAACCUGCUUUAGUUGCUGCUGAUUUACCUCAGUAUAUGAAGUUGGGACCAAAGCAGGAGGCACAUGUGUACCAUGUAGAUAUUGACAUUGAAGGCCUGAACUUAACUCAGUAUAGAAGUGAAAGUAGGUGCUCUGCAUUUCUUGCAAACAUUGAUGAACGUAAAGGAGCUGCUGUAACAUUCCUUGGUCAAACAUAUUAUUUACCUCCGUGGUCAGUCAGUAUAUUACCAGACUGCAGGAACACAGUGUUCAAUACUGCCAAGGUAGGGGCACAAACUUCAGUUAAAACGGUAGAUUUUGAUUUGCCUCUUUUCGCACAUUUUUCUGCACAAAAACAAUCCAUGAUUCAUAAUGGAGUCUCCUAUAUCUCAAAAUCCUGGAUGACUGUUAAAGAGCCGAUUGGUGUUUGGAGUGAGAACAUUUUUACUGUCCAAGGUAUAUUGGAGCAUUUGAAUGUGACAAAGGACCAUUCUGAUUAUCUAUGGUAUAUAACCAGAAUAUACGUUUCUGAUGAUGACAUUGCAUUCUGGGAGGAAAAGGAAGUUAGACCAACACUGACAAUUGAUAGCAUGCGUGAUGUGUUGCGUGUUUUCAUUAAUGGCAAGCUUAUAGGCAGUGUGAUUGGUCAUUGGGUCAAGGUGGUCCAGCCUGUUCAGUUUAUCAAAGGAUACAAUGAUUUGUUGUUGUUAUCUCAGACAGUGGGUUUGCAGAACUAUGGCGCCUUCUUUGAGAAAGAUGGGGCAGGGUUUAGAGGCCAAAUAAAGCUUACUGGAUUCAGGAAUGGAGAUAUUGACCUCUCAAAGUCAUCAUGGACCUACCAGGUUGGGCUUAAGGGUGAAUUCUUGAAUAUAUACACCAUGGAGGAAAAUGAAAAGGCAGGAUGGAGUGAUCUGACACUUGAUGCAAUUCCGACCGCAUUUUCCUGGUACAAGACUUACUUUAAUUCCCCUGAUGGCACGGAGCCUGUUGCUCUUGAUUUGGGCAGCAUGGGAAAGGGGCAAGCAUGGGUCAAUGGUCACCAUAUAGGAAGAUAUUGGACUCUGGUUGCCCCAAAAGAUGGAUGUCAAAGAAUAUGUGAUUAUCGUGGGCCAUACAACUCGGAUAAGUGUACAACAAACUGUGGGAAGCCUACCCAAAGCUGGUACCAUAUACCACGGUCAUGGCUACAGGCAUCAGAUAAUUUGCUUGUCAUCUUUGAAGAAACUGGAGGGAAUCCAUUUGAUGUAUCAAUCAAGUUACGAUCUGCCCACAUCAUUUGUGGUCAAGUAUCAGAGUCUCACUAUCCACCUCUCUGGAAGUGGUCCCAAUCAGAUUUUAAUGCAAGUAUACUAAUUAAUGAUACAACACCAGAACUUCAUUUGCGGUGUGAUGAUGAGCAUGUAAUUGCCUCAAUAAAAUUUGCUAGCUAUGGAACUCCUCAAGGUAGCUGCCAAAAGUUUUCUAAAGGAAAUUGCCAUGCUUCCAGUUCAUUCUCUGUAGUCUCUGAGGCUUGCUUGGGAAGAAAUAGCUGUUACAUUGGAAUUUCAAACACGGCAUUUGGGAGUGAUCCAUGCCGGGGCAUCGUUAAGACUUUGGCUGUUGAGGCAAGAUGCAUGUCAUCAUCAAACAAUGUUGGUGCCUUGCAGCUUUGAAGUAACUAGAAGCGGCAACAAUGAAUGAGUUAUUAAGAAUCUCAAAAGGCAUAACCAUAUGCAUGUCCAUUAAUCUGACUCUUGUUUUGGGGCUCCUAUAUAUGUUGAGAACAAGCCUUAUCCAAUGAUUUGUGUGUACAGAAAAUAAGAAGCAUUUCUUUUUAUCUUUCUAUCUUUACCAAUAUAUAAUUCUAUUCUUUGGGUGUAUUUAAUUGAUAUUAUUUCUUUUUGAGAUGGUCCAUAUUCUUUGAAAUUAUGAUAUAGUGCCCCUAUGUUUUUCUUU